AAUAAAUGCCCAGCAUUUUAUUCACCUUUAGAAACUCCUUUACCACUUAUUAUUAUCUAUUUCCUUGAUUUAAAUUAGUAUUAUAUAUAAAUAAAUUUACAUUGUAGUUUCUUUAUGUUAAGUAUGCAUACUAGACUUUCCACAUCACGUGGAAUAUAUGAAGCAUCGGUUUGAUGUGAAAUAACGAAGUAGGGAAUGAAAUACCUACUUAUUCUUGAUUGUGUAAACUAUGGGAGAAGAUACUUAUUUUCAUAUAUGUCUAGUGUUUUAAUCCAUUAGCUAUCUGUAAUAAUGUAUCAACAUAUGUUAUUCGAUUAAACUGAAAUGAGAAAGCUUAAUUUUUGAAUUUAUUCCAUGAAAUAAUCAAGAUUUUGAACAAUUACAUUUUUUAAAGAUCCAUCCCUUUCUGACUAAUGGCAUUUAUCAGAAACGUACAAAUAAUUAUUAUUAUAUGAAAGUACACAGUCUAUAAAGUAAAUGAAACUGUCUAAUUAUUACGAAUUGGUAGGAAACAGCUACCAUGGUUAACGAACAUAAUUUUUUUUCUCUGUAGUGAUAAUGAAUUGUGAUAUCGCGGCAAAUAAACAUGGCGCUUAUUUGAUACCGAAGCCUUUUACUUCGGACAAGCCGCAAGCCUUGUCGCAAUUUGCACCAAGUCAGAUAUUCCGUUUUUUGCAUUUGUUCUCGGAUAAUUCAAAUAAUUUGCGAUACAGUGAAUGUAUCGACUAUAUUUCGAACUGUUUUCGAGAGGAAACGUUUGAUAAACCUGCACAUCAUACAUGUCAAAAUGGCCCGGGAAUAUGAUCAUUUAUUUAAGCUUCUAAUAAUAGGAGAUAGUGGUGUAGGCAAAAGUUCACUGCUCCUACGAUUUGCUGACAAUACUUUUAAUGGCAGUUAUAUAACAACGAUAGGAGUGGAUUUUAAGAUACAAACAGUGGAUGUAGAUGGUGAGAGAGUAAAGCUGCAAAUUUGGGAUACAGCUGGGCAAGAAAGAUUUCGGACAAUAACUUCAACUUACUACAGGGGAACACACGGUGUUAUAGUUGUUUAUGAUGUGACCAGUGGUGAUUCCUUUGCUAAUGUUAAAAGAUGGUUACACGAAAUUGAACAAAAUUGUGAUGUGGUCAACAGGGUACUUGUAGGAAAUAAGAAUGAUUCACCUAACGAAAAGGUGGUAUUAACAGAAGAUGCACAAAGAUUUGCUAAUCAAAUGGGAAUUCAGUUAUUUGAAACUUCUGCUAAAGACAACAUUAAUGUUCAAGAAAUGUUUAUGGCUAUAACACGGCAAGUAUUAAGAACUAAAAAAGAAAGGAAGGAACGGCAAGCUAUACAAACCAGUGAAACAGUCAAUCUAAGAAAAAGCACAAAACAGCAUAAAAAGAGAUGUUGUUAACAGGAUUGUACAAGCAUGCAAUCUGUUCUUAAUAUCAUUUAAUACAGUAACAGAGAUAAAGGUGAAAAAAAGAAAACAGAGAGCAUGCACUAGCCACAAAAUGGUCACAUAAUGUAACAAUGAUGUUUUUUAAAGCUAUUGAGUUUUGUAUCUAAAUUAUAACAUCGAAGAUUGUAUUCUCAUAGACAUAUACUUUGAUGCUAGUAACGUUCAAUAUACAUAGGAUGCAAAUGUUAUAAGUGUGUAGUGUUCAUUUAGUGAGAGUAUCUUUGUAAGCAGCACACUUUUUAACAUGCUGCAUAUUCUGAUGUGGCGUUACAAAUAUAAAGGCCUAUUUAUAUUGUACAACUUGCAAACAAUAAGCACAAGAAAGAAAAAGACAUGAAAUUAUAUAGCUGCUUCUUGUUCAUAUUUUGCAUCGCAUACGAUUAUUUCUAAAGAAAAAUGGUAUAAAGCAAAAGAUGAAAAAAAAACAAAAAAAUAACAUAUACAUUGUACAAAGCUUAAUCGAAAUUUUUUCAACAAAAGGAAAAUAAAAAUAUUACAUGCGUGAGACUUUGAUGAUUAUGGAUAAAUUUUUCUUAAUGAGUUACCAUAAUAUGAGUCCAAUAUUGUUAAUACAUUAACAUUUAAUAUUUAACAAAACGAAGGCGAUCAAUAUUAUCAGCAGGUUGAGAUAAUUCUUAGCAUAUUUUAAUGUGCAAGGUUCCUGCAGUUUGAUGACGCUUUUUAACUGGCUUUAAAAGAAACAUUAAAUUAAAUCGAGCAGCGAAAAGUGUUUACGGUAUGACAGAGGCAAGCUUUGUAAUUGGCACAAAAACGAUUACAUUGCAUUAAUAUAAGCAUUGUCAAUUUAACUUAAGUAAAGCUGUUUCUUUUUUAUUGUAUUACUAGUAAAAUAACGAACAGUAUGAAAUUGAGAUAUUUUAUAAUUAGUAGAUCUUUUUUUUAGUACGAAUAUAUGUGUACAAUAAUAGUUUUGUAAAAUUGAAACGUAUGUGGAAAUUGUAACGUUUACGAUAUGGUUUAACUUAUGAUAUAUUUUUAUAAUAAAAUGAUGACAUAUAAUUUGUUACUUAGAAACAUUUGAUUACCAAUAAUAUUGAGAAUAUGAAAUCAUUGAAAGGUACUAGUGUUUUUAUAAUGUAACAAUUCAGAGGUGAAAAAUUACUAGCGAUUGAGAUAAAAAGCUUUGUAACAGCAGGAAAGACGAACACAUGAAUAUGUAAUAAUUUAUCAUGUUUGGUGAUAAAUAUAAUGUGGUUAACAUAACUAUAUAUAAUAAUACAAUAAAUGUCUUUUUCCAUCUGUGAUAAUAGUUAGGAUAUCUAUCCAGCUGCCGCUGUAAUACCGUCAGGAACAACACCCAAUGAAUUAUUGUAAUUGAUGUUGUAUUUUUUGGUCAGAAUAACAUAUCUUUUGAACGAGACAAUGAAGCGGCAUCCUAUAAUGUGUAAAUAUUCUACUUGCCAGUUUUAGUGGCAUGUCACAAGUAUUUCAAUCAAGCAUAUUCAAUAUUGUUUACUGUUAUACAGUUAUAACAUUGUAAUAUGAAUUAUUAUAUACUUUUAAGAUAUAAAUAAAUAGAACUUUACGCGUACACAUA